AUAAACCUUUGUCCAGGAGGGAUGUGGACGAAGGCGAGCUGCACUGGCGUUGGUCAUGAUAGGGUUUCUUCACGCUUUCGUCAUGCAUAAUUCAGCUGAGGAGGCCGUGGUUUACCUGCAUAGGCUUCCACCACAACACGAUGUGUGCAAGCAGACUGGCGACCCCACCAGGAGCCCAGAAAAGGAGAAGGAGGUUGCCAGAGUAUGGAAGAGGCGGUGAGGAAACGACCGAUAAUCUCUGCGAGAGAACGAGGCCCGGGCCCCGGACGCUACGCUCUGCCUCCUACGGUUGGCUACAUCAACCAUGACGUCACCAAGCCGAGUAGCCCCGCCUAUUCAUUUCACAGCCGCAUGAGCAGCACCAUGUUUGCUGUGGAUUCCAGCCCCGGACCUCGGUACUACGUAAACGACAAGGUCACCAGGUUUGGAAGGAUGGAGAGCCCAUCCUACUCUAUAUUGGGCAGAGGGAGGCGCAUAGGGCAACUGUUCCAGACUCCUGGACCGGGGGCCUACAGCCCAGAGAAGGCCCCACCUCUGAACGCUCACCGCAGACCUCCAUCCCACAGCAUCGGCUCCCGUACAAGAUACCGCACAGUGGAUCCAGUACCAGCACCCAACAGGUGAACACGGGAGAAAAGCUUCACUAAUCUGCUGGGUUGCCACAUUCCCAACACACCCUCCAGUGCUAGUUACAGCUUCUCAGCGCGGAGGAGAGUGGGAGCUCCUUCUGAAGAUCUUGACACUCCUGGACCAGGCCAUUACAACACCACCGUCCCAGACGCUUAUCACCAUCGGCAGCCCUCCUUCUCCAUGCAGGGGAGGACUAAGAGGCCGAACUAUACUGCUGUCAUUCCCGGUCCUGGCGCAUACAGUCUGAGAGUUCUCAUGCACCACCCGAAACAUCCAUCUUUCUCCAUGGGCAUCAGACACUCUGAGUUUGUUACCCCGUAGUGGUAGACACUAAGAGAUUGACUAUUAUGUGGAUUCAUUUUAUAUAUUUUUACUUUGCAAAUAUGUAGCUGCCACACCAUGUAAAAAGAUGGGGUUCAAAGAGCGUAUUCCUCC